GAUUUGAUGAUCCUAAAAACAAGCAAACCCAUGCACCCAUCUUUCAAAAGUGAGAUCAGUGUUGUGCAUAUGUUUUGCCUUUUUGUGCUUGAGUUUCAAUGGAGCAAACGAACAAUGGUAUUGGUUAUCCUUCUCCAUCAUCAUCACCUCCAACACCUCCCUCACCACUUCCCAUCAGUGUAGGACCAGGCAACCAAAAAUACAUCUUCUCUUCAUCUCCAUCACCUUCCCCUCCCUUCUCGCCCCAUUCUUCAAGCCAUACAUCGGCAGAGAAUCUCCCUCUUUUGCAUGCUAAACUGUCCGCUACUGCACUGCCACUGGCAUUGACAUUCUCAUUGGAUCGUCGUCGAGACCCGGAUGAUUUGGAUUCCAAGACCUCUUGCCUUGAAGACAUGCUCAAAUGGUUUAUAGAGAAAUGCUGCAGAUGCUGUUCCAGGCCUCUCUGAAAAUUUUCAAAUCCCACGCAAAUUGUUGAAAAUUUGGAAGCAGUACACAACGCAAAGUUCGUCCCCAUGCCAGGAUAUAUAGAACACUAACGUAAAUUCUAACGCAUUACAAAUCCUGUUUUCUUUCUUUGUUUUUUUUGGUAUACAAACCUCAAUUGAUUUUGUCUCCAUUUUAGAGGAUCUUUGUUAGCUCCAUUUAAUGGAUGAAGCAAUGUGAAAUUUUUAUUGAGACGUCCCAAAUGCUUGGGAAUCAUAUUGAUUUAACCAUAC